AUGGCGACGCGCUCCCACCGCCGCCGGCGGCGUGGAGACAACGCGACGGCUCCCGGUGCCAGCGUCCUGUCGUCGUUCUCCAACCUGGCCAACACCAUUAUCGGUUCCGGAGCACUGGCGUUCCCCGCAGCGUUUGCCAGCAUGGGCAUGAUCCCCGGUAUCGUGUCGUGCAUCUUCUCGGCAUGCACAGCCGUGUUUGGGCUGUGGUGUCUCAGCCGCUGCGCGACGCUCGUGGGCAAGCAACCCGGCGACGAGGGACGAAAGGCCUCGUUCAACGAGGUCGCCCGACUGGCCUUUGGAAAGGGCUGGGUUGUGCGAGUGUUUGACCUGGCCAUUGCGAUCAAGUGCUUUGGCGUGUCGGUCUCGUAUCUCAUUAUCUGCAAGACGCUUCUCCCUCAAGUCUGCCUGACGUUUGGGCACAUCUUCAAGACGCCGAUUGCCGAAGACUCGAUGCUCCUGAGCCAGACCUUUUGGCUGUUCAUGACGGCCGCCAUCGUGGUGCCUCUGUCGUUUAUGCGCACGCUUGACAGCCUGCGCUUCACGAGCCAGAUCGCCCUCUCGUCAGUCGCGUACAUGGUCGUUGUCGUUAUCGGAUGGUACUUUGUCAAGGGCCCGGACCCGAAGCGCGGCAAGGUCGAGCUCGCGCACUUUGGCACCAACACACUCGCGUCCUUCCCCGUCCAGGUGUUUGCGUUCACCUGUGCCCAGAACCUGUUCCCCAUCUACAACGAGCUCAAGGACAAAACGCAGAAGAAGAUGAACCUCAUCAUUUCGAGCUCAAUCUUCUCUGCUGCUGGCGUGUACGAGGUGCUUGGCAUUGUCGGAUACCUGACGUUUGGCGACAAGGUCGGCUCCAACGUCAUCGCCAUGUACCCUGCCGAGUCGCUGGUGGUCGCCAUUGGCCGCCUCGGCAUCGUCUUCCUCGUCGGCCUCUCGUACCCGCUCCAGGCCCUGCCGUGCCGCUCGUGCAUCUACCUGCUCACGUCGGGAAUCAUCAAAGGCAAGAAGCACAAGCUCGUUGUUCCCGAGCCCGAGCCCGAGUCAGAGUCCGAGGAGGACGAUGACGACGAGUCGUUUGACUCGGCCAACGAGAACGACCGUCUGGUCCCCAAGGUCGGUGAUGGCGCUCACGGGCCCUCGACGCUGGAGAUGCCCCGCAAGAAAUUUAUUGGGUUCACCAUCGGUAUCUUGGUCUCGGGAUACCUGAUCGCCUUCCUCGUGGAUGAGCUCGAUGUUGUUCUCAGCUUUGUCGGAUCGACCGGCUCGACGACUAUCAGCUUUAUCCUUCCAGGCUUUUUCUAUUUCCGCCUGUUCCGCUCGCAGGCCGGCAACACCAAGUGGGCCGCCUUGGCACUGGGCAUCUACGGUGUGGCCGUCAUGACCUUUUGCCUGACCUUUAACAUUAUCCACCUCGGCAAGGGUGGCCGCGCGGGACACUAG